AGAUCUUCAGUUCAAAUGUUACCAAUACAAGGAAGUAAAGCAAAGUUGACAGUUUAAUCUGCUUACAAACUGUUUGGUUUAGCAGGUCUAAAGCUACGUUAUCUGCCAUAUAUAUAUAAAACACCACUUUAAAACACAUUCAAAAAACCUUUUGUGUAUGAAACGUGAUAAAGGUUUUCUUUUCGUGGACUCUAAAAGAACUUCUCUACGAUCACUCAUGCUUCAUAGAGGUGCAUUCAUUGACAUUGACAUAUUUUUACUGUCCACCUUCGAUGAAGCAACUUUAUGAUUCUUCUUCAUUCUGAGACUAGCAGAAAGUGCCACAAGGCCGAUAGCAGGCAAGAUGAAGAUGAUUACAUUCUUCAUCGUGGGACUCAUGGUCCAUGUAGUCUUCUUUCUCUCAAUAUUUGACAUCUAUUUCACAUCCCCACUUGUCCAUGGAAUGACACCACAGCGUAUCCCUCUGCCCCCUCCAGCCAAGCGCCUGGUGCUCUUUGUGGCAGAUGGUCUGAGAGCUGACAGCCUCUUUAAGCCAGACGACAAUGGGACUUUCAGGGCUCCUUACCUAAGGACUGUGAUUGAAGAGGCUGGUACAUGGGGAGUGUCACACACACGAGUGCCCACAGAAUCACGUCCAGGUCAUGUGGCUCUUAUAGCGGGCUUUUAUGAAGAUGUUAGUGCUGUUGCCAAGGGCUGGAAGGAGAAUCCAGUGGAAUUUGAUUCUGUUUUUAAUGAAAGCAGACACACCUGGUGUUGGGGAAGCCCUGAUAUAUUACCAAUGUUUGCCAAAGGAGCCAGUGGAGACCAUGUGUAUACUAACACUUACCCUCCAGAGCGGGAAGACUUUGCUUCUACAGAUGCAUCCAGGCUUGAUACCUGGGUUUUUGAUGAAGUGAAGGCCUUUCUCAUUGCUUCCAAAAACAAUAAAACUCUGCUGAAUAAAUUACAUGAAGAACAGAAUGUGUUUUUCCUUCAUCUGUUGGGGAUGGACACCAAUGGCCACGCCCACCGGCCUAUGUCAAAGGAGUAUCUGGAGAACAUUGGCCUGGUUGAUGCUGGUGUAGCUGAGAUUGUCAAUGUGAUGGAGGACUUUUAUGGGCAUGAUGGAAAAACAGCUUAUGUUUUUACAUCUGACCAUGGCAUGACGAAUUGGGGAUCUCAUGGUGCAGGACACCCAUCAGAGACGCUGACUCCGCUGGUGGUAUGGGGCGCUGGGGUUCAGACAUCACAGCGGGCUGUCUCUCAGAAUUAUGACGAUCAUUAUCUACAAGAAUGGGGAUUAGAAAUGUACAGGAGAGUGGAUGUCAAUCAGGCUGAUAUUGCUCCACUGAUGUCAUCUCUUAUUGGAGUUCCCUUUCCUUUGAAUUCUGUGGGGGUCUUACCACUAAAUUAUCUCAAUAACAGCCAGCACUUCAAAGCUGAGAGCAUGUAUGCAAAUGCCAUUCAGAUCUUGGAGCAGUUCAGGGUAAAAAUGGCACAGAAGAAAGAAACAACAAUACUCUUUCUGUUUACACCCUACCAGCCUCUGACUGACUCUAAGCAGAUGGAUUUUGUGCGUCACGCAAGAGAUUUGAUCAAGAAAGGACAGUUUGAUGAAGCAAUCCAUUAUUGUGAGGGUCUGAUAGCCCAGGCCAUGGAGGGCUUGUCAUAUUAUCACACUUAUGACCGAUUUUUCCUGGGCAGCAGUGUUGUUCUGGGUUUUAUUGGCUGGACAUCUUAUGUGGUUCUAUUCAUCCUGAAGACCCACGCUAGCCUACGUAAACCUCCAACUAGCACACACAUGAUAGCAGAAAGGAGUCUAGACCGGACGUUUCUGUUUGUUGGUCUGCUUGUGACUCUUUUCCUGUGGGUUCAGUCCAGUCCUUGGACCUAUUACAUCUACUGCUUGCUCCCUGUGCCUGUGUGGUACUCCGUUAUAAAAGAAUUUGAAACUUUUGCUGGACUGAUUAGAUCAAUCCCAUCACUUCCACUUAGCAAGUGCUUUGGAUACUUUUUGCUGGUCACAUUCGGAAUUGAGUUACUAGUUGUGAGUUUUUUCUAUCGGGCCAUGUUGACCUUGGGGCUGAUUGUUCUUUCACUGUGGCCGAUGCUCUCUGGCCUGUACAUCAAAGCAAAGUUCAGUUCAUUAAGCUGGAUGUUGAGCUGUCUCAGCUUGGCUAUAUUCCCACUGUUGCCUGUGGUGGGACGGGAACCCAACGUUAACUAUGUAAUUUGUGCUGGAGUGCUGACCCUCUUCAACUCUUCCUCAUACCUCUGCUCAUCAUGGAGACGCUGUCCUCUGAUCAGAAGAGAUUGUCAGCUGUUCAUCUUCCAGAUGUUGCAGGUGGUGUUGUGUGCCUAUACCCUGACCAGUACCCACUCCAGUCUGCAUCUAAAACAGGGCCUGCCACUCUUCAACCAGCUCGUUAGCUGGUUCACACUUGCUUCCUCAUUUUUUGUGCCGUUAUUGAGUUCCACCAGACUAUUUCACAGACUGUUGAGCAUUCUGAUGUCCCUAGUGUGUGUCUAUCUCCUCCUGAGCACAGGGUACGAGGCUCUCUUCCCUCCAGUAUUGUCAUGGCUCAUGUUUGCAUGGAUCAGUGUUGAGCAGGAAGCCAUUAACACUCAAGAAUGGUCCAACAGGACUGAGCUCUCCAGCAUAGAUUUUGCUGAAAAUAUUGACAUUACUAAAAUCAGGCAGCUAAGACUGGAUGACAUUCGGAGAUCUUAUUUCUUUGUGUUUUUCAUAAUAAUUGCAUUCUUUGGUUGCGGAAACAUUGCCUCUAUCAACAGUUUUGAUCCAGCUUCUGUGUACUGUUUUCUGACUGUCUUUAAUCCUUUCAUCAUGGGUGGUCUACUGAUGUGGAAGGUUUUAAUUCCCUUUUUAAUUGUGAUGUGUACAUUUGAAAGCAUACAAGUGUCAACACAGCUCUCCUCACGAAGCCUUUUCCUCGUCGUGCUUGUCAUCUCAGACUUGAUGGCGCUGCACUUCUUUUUCUUAGUAAAAGAUUAUGGAAGCUGGCUUGACAUAGGCACUAGUAUUAGUCACUAUGUCAUCGUAAUGUCCAUGACCAUCUUCCUAAUGUUGCUGAGCAUCAUGACCCACAUCUUAACCUCCAAGAGAAUCCUCAUUAGACAGAAAAGAAAGAUGCACUUCAGGUGAGGAUGGCUUAAAACUGUCCUCCCAAUGUUUACAAGGUGCAAGAAACAAACAAACAAAAGUAACACUUUUACACUGCAAUGAUAUCAGUUAUAUCAGUGUUACUUAAGACUAAUGACUCUGCAUUUAAUGGGAAGAAGAUUGCAUCUGCUAGGUGGAAUUAAAAGAAGAAAAGUUAUCUGUUUUGAUACAUGCUCUCAGUGCUCUGUAUUUUAGUUCUGUGGCUAUAGGGGGAAAACUGGCACACAGCUUGGUGCUGCAGUUUAUAUCUCUGUGGUCUCUGUCCCACUUUUUUUUCUUUUUUUUUUAAGAUAGGCACAGUUAAAGGGACAAUACUUGAUUAUGUCUCAAUGUAUGUUCUGUAUUGCUGAUUUAUGUCAAAGGUGUGGAAAAUUACUAACUUGUCAGCUGAUUUUAACUGGGAUCCAAAUCUCUGAUGAUGUUAUGGUAAAUGUGUAGUUUUUUUUAAUACUGUAUUUUCAUAUUCUUUGACCAUUAUUUAUAUAAUAAACCUUUACAUUCAACAGUGUUAAGGUUUUUUAUUAUAACCAGUUUAAUGGUCAUAUUUGUCCCAGGACAAAGUCUAGUUUCUAUUGUUAUAUACACUCACCGAGCACUUUAUUAGGAAUACUAUGGUCCUAAUAAAGUGCCCGACAUGGUCUUCUGCUGUUGUAGCCCAUCCGCCCCAAGGUUCGACGUAUUGUGCAUUCUGAGAUGCUAUUCAGCUCGCUACAAUUGUACAGAGUUUCGUGUGAAAAUCCAAGGAGAUCAGCAGUUACAGAAAUACUCAAACCAGAACGUCUAGCACCAACAAUCAUGCCACGGUCGAAAUAACUGAGAUCACAUUUCCCCCCCCCCCCAUUCUGAUAGUUGAUGUGAACAUUAGCUGUAGGUCCUGACAUGUAUCUGCAUGAUUUUAUGCAUUGCACUGCUGCCACACGAUUGGCUGAUUAAAUAAUCGCAUGAAUAAGUAGGUGUACACGUGUUCAUAAUACAGUUUUUGUUGAUCGCAUUGGUACUAUUAUCGCAAGUAUGUGGUAAAACCUCACAACUCAGUACAUAACUCCAAAGUCAUCACACUUGUAACACAGCCAGUCUUUCAUUCAAAACUUGCCAUUGUGCAUUCGUUUGGAUUGUAAACAUCUCUCACCACACAACCAUUGAUUCAAAAUAUACGUUUCUCAUAAAUUUGUCACAGUCCUGUAAUUUGCUUUACUUGCAAUAGUUAGGACUUUGUUUACUGAAUCAUAUAGUGGACAUUGAUGGCCCUGAUGUCAUUGGGCUCACCAGUUCCUUCCCUUUUGUUGCCCAUCUGUGACUCUCUGACUGGCCUCCAGUAUAGAAAUUCAUUGUUUGGUUCCUCUUCCUUGCUCUCUAUCCUGUUCUCUGUUGAUAAAUUGUAAAUGCUCAUACACACUCUGAAUGCAUAUGAUACGUACUGUAAACAAUAGUGGUUACGAGAACAGAUGCAAACAAAAAGUUUGAUGUUAAUAUCAUCAUGAAAGGCAGUUACUUUCAAUAAAAGGUAUAUAUAGAUGAAACACUUAUUUGGUGUGGCGAAAUCGUUACUUAGUGAUUUUGUUUUUUUGUACUUAGUCAAUUGAAAAUAUGCUGAAUUGUUUGAAAAAACUGCAUUUUUGAUGAUCUGUUGCGAUAUUAGUACUAAGAGUUUUGAAAAUGUACCACUCACUUUUGAAAAUAGUACCAAAGCAAAUAAAAAAAACUUUAAAGUGCUCAUUGAGUGUGUGUACCAGGCAUGGUAAAAAAAAGAAAAUAAAACAGGGUUCAGGGCAAAAGUGGCACCAAAAGUGGCACAAAUGCUACUCUCUCUCUCUCUCUCUCUCUCUCUCUAUAUAUAUAAGCAACCUGUAAAGAUUUUGUUUUUUUCUGUCAUCAAACAUUUGUUAUAUUUCAUUAGGUUCUAUAUACAGUAUUUGUCUCUUUACAAUCUAUUUUCUAUUAUUAACCAAAGUACUGACCUUGAUCCUGCACCAUUAAAAAAAAAAAUUUGGGGAGGCAAAUUUUACCUCUACAUAAAAUUUUUAAUUUCUGAGACUGGUUAAAUUAUAGCGCAAAUAUAAAUACAUAGAUACUGUAUAUACAAUCUGUGUAAAACUUUACAAUAACUUUUCAUUGAUAAUAUAUUUGAAUGUACCUGUAUUUGAAUGUACUUGUAAGUUUCUUUUGUCAGAAUGUGUCAGCCAAAAUAAAUAAAAAAUAAUUCAAAUUAA